AUGGUCCAGGUUCUCUGGUCCGCCGCCCUGGCGCUUUCCGGCCUCUCUAUCGCGCGGGGCAUCUCGGCCGAGAUUGUCUCGGCGCAAGUACCCGCGGCGGAGGAGGGUUCUGCGAAGCCGGCGUUCACGGCGAGUAGCCACCACGCGCGGGAGAACGCCGCGCACAUAUUCAACGCUGUUCACUCUGCCAUGAGGCAAUGGGGGUCUUCUCUGCGUCACAACGGUCUGGGGUUGAUACCCGCGACGGUCCCGGAGGGUACACUGCUGUAUCACGGGACGAGGUCUAACUCUACGCCAAAGGGGUUCGAAUGGCUCGCGUUCGAGAUGGAGCAUUCGGAGGGGUUCGCGAGGAGUUGGAAGGGUGGAUUCGGGACCCCGCCUCCGAAGAAGCCUGGAAAGGGUUCCGGGAAGGGUCCUGGUGGUGAGCACCCGCCGCCACCGCCAUCAUCACAGCAUGUUGUUGCGGUCGAGGACGAGCAGAGGGUGCUGAGUGGUGAUAAUGAUGAUGAUGGACGUGGAGGCAGCAGCUUUGAUGAUGAUGGGGAUGGGCCGAGACCCAUGAGGGGGUACUUCCAUACCUACCGCGCGAACCGCGACCUGAAGUUGCUGUACCUGGACGGCAUGUCUGCGGGCAAGACCGCCAUGGGCACGCUCGACACGCAGGAUUUCCUGCUCCGCGGGGUGGGGAACGCGAGUUGGUUCGGGGAGUGGGAGCGGGCCGCGGGCGUGUGCGAGAUUGUCAAGGCGUGGGGGUUCGACGGGGUGAUUCGGAUGGAGAUUGGGUUCGAGUCGAUCUACUGCGACUUUUUCGACGGUCUCGACCUCGUGAGCGCCCUGCGGCGCCCGUGGAACACGCAGUUCGAGGGCCGCGGGGACAUUGACAUGUUCGAGUGGGCCAGGGCCGUCGGGCAGAGGUACGACGGCAUCGGGGGCGGCAGGGUCAAGUUGGACUUCUCGAGGAUGGUGUCCGGGCUGUGGUACCCGCUUAACGUGAGCAACCCCAACGGACGCAAGGAUAUGCCGCGCCUGGGGAGGUUGAAGGAGGAGGAACGGGAGGCGAUUGUGGGACGCGUCGAGGACGUUGCGCGGCAAGGUGGGAGAGGGUCAAAGGUCGACUGGCAGGGGCUCGUCGAUAUGAUUGUCACGCGUCACGGGGACCGUAUAGAGGCGCUGGCGGAUGAGCCUGGCGACGAGGAUGAGGCUUUUGUGAGACAGGUGCUUGUUGUCACGAAUACUUUUAUAGAUUACCCCCGCGAUGAGUUCGACUCUGCAAGCGUCAUGGGGGAGGAUGGCCUGGUCAGGGAAUCACGGGAGAGAUGCGUACGGCAUUACCUGACGCCGGCCAAGAUCUGGGAGGACGAGUGGACGCCCGAGGAGGGGCUCAUAUUCACGGCGGUCGAGACGGUGGUGCGGCGGAUCUGUGGAGAUUUGUACGCCGUCCGGGGUAUCAUAUUAGAUGCGGCGCCGGAACUGGCUGCGGCCUUCUCCGAGACGGAGAUCAGGGCUGCCGUCGGCGACGCGGACGACGGGAAGAUCGGGGAGGCGGUGGCGCGGGGCAGGAAGGUCGUUCAGGCUCUGAAGAGCGACCUGGGGUGGAGCAUGUGGAAGAAGUGCAAGCCCGGGUGCGGCGUCGCCGAGGUUUGCUUCGUGGCCAUGUGGCCGUUUGGGACGGAGGAGGACCAUUAUCACCCCAGCUGCAAGAACAGGACGUCUCUUGGGGGGAGGCCUGCGGGGAAGAAAUCGUACUGGCGCUUCGACAGCGGUUUCUUCUGA